AUGCUCCUGGAUACGCAGCCUGUCAUGUCGUACGACACUCGCACAACGGCUGCCCAGCAGCAUCAACAGCAUCAACAGCAUCAACAGCAUCAACAGCAUCAACAGCAUCAGCACCAGCAUCACCAACACCAAGACCAACGCCACCACCUGAUGAACGCCGUCUAUGGAGGAGCCGCUGUGUCUGUGGCUAGCCUGGCUGCCGUGCCAGCGCUCUCCAUGGCCUCUUUGACGGGCGCAGAGUCGACGCAACCAACACCACCACAGCAGCAACAACAACAGCAACAGCAACAGCACCAGCAGCAGCACCAGCAACCACAAUCACUGCAGAUACCCAUGGCCACCUCACCGUACCAACAUCAGCCGCUGCCGCCCGCCGCGGCUGUCUCGCCACGUCGACGCGCGGGUGCAAGCUCGCGGCGCAGCAGCAGUGUCGCUACCAUCACGGCCGUUUCACCACACCUUGCGGGCGUUGGCAGCCGCGGACGCGUGACCACCCUCAACUCGCCGUGCAGUCCGACGGCAGCGACGACGACGACGACACCAACGACGACACCAGCGACGACCGCGUCGGCCACGACCACGUCAGCCACGACCACGACAGGCCCGGCCGCUGCUCUGGACACGUCGUUCCGGCCCACGUUUUCGACGCAGAUUGAUCUGUUGAUGCGGACGAUCCAGUCCAAGGCCGACGUGGCUGGCGAGGCCGAGCCGCUGCAGAGCGGUCCGCUGCCUGUCCAGGUCCAGGCACAGGCACAACAAAUCAAUGCCUUUUCCGGGUAUGGCUCGCCGUCACAGCAGCAGCAGCAGCAGCAACAGUAUGGCAAACACCGGCACAGCGCCUCGACCAGUCCGCAUCCGACGGGUGCGCACGAGGCCGGACAGGAGGAUCGUCUUUCGAGCAGCAGCAACCACUACUUGAACGACGACAACAACAACAACAGCAACGACGACGUCGUGCCCGUCAAGAAGCCGUACCCCUGCACGCUGCCCGGCUGCAGCAUGACCUUUUGGCAGAAGACGCACCUCGACAUCCACCGCCGGUCGCACACGGGCGAAAAGCCCUACGUCUGCAGCUACGCGGGCUGCGGGGCCCACUUUUCGCAGCUCGGCAACCUGCGCACGCACGAGCGCCGCCACACGGGCGAGCGGCCGUUCUGCUGCGAAAAGUGCGGCAAGAACUUUGCCCAGCGCGGCAACCUCAAGGCGCACUACAAGACGCACCUGCGCCUGCAGCCGUACGACUGCCGCCUCGAGGGCUGCACCAAGCGCUUCACGCAGCUCGGCAACAUGAAGGCGCACCAGAACAAGUACCACGCCGGCGCCCUGCAGGCCCUGACGGCCAAGUUUGCCGCCGCCGCGGCCGGCGAUGCCGCCGUCGAGGCGUCCAUCACCGACGACGACCGCGAGCUGUUUGGCUACUUUGCGGGGCUCUACAAGAACAGCAACAAGGGCAUCAAGGGCCGCGGUAAGCACCGCCGCGUGCGGCCUGUGCAAUCUGUGCAGGCGGUGCAGGCUGGGCAGGCUGGGCAAACUCGCGGCGGCGGCCUGCGUCGGUCGCCCGGCAGCGACGGCAGCAACCACGGGGAAGACGACGAGGACGACGACGAGAGUGGCGACGACGAGCCUCGGAUGACUCAGAGUCAGCAGCAGCAGCAGCAGCAGCAGCAGAGCCUGGCCCCGCCCGUCGUCAGCGGCAGCUACAGCAUGAACAGCAUGGUGGUGCCCACGGCGCCCGCCAACCAGCAUCUCCAGCAUCACCAGUCGCAGCCGCAGCCGACCUACCACCAGCAGCACCACCAGCAGCACCAGCACCAGCAACAGUCUGCGACUGCCUAUGCCAUGUACCACCACCAACAACAGCCUCUCCCGCCGCUGGCAAAGUCCAACCUCUACCAGCCGCACCCGCACCACAUCCCGACGCUUCCGCCGUCUCUGACGCCGUCUCUGACGCCCUCUCUGCCGCCGCCGCAGGCCUACGGUGUGCACCACGCCCAGCAGCAUCAACAGCAGCAGCACCACCACCUGCAGAAUGCACACCAGCCGGGCGGUCCUGGCGCGCCGGGCACCAACGCCGGUCCGCCGCCGCCGGGCAGCCACCAUCCGUCGGAUAUGCGUUUCCUUGACAAUGGCGUGUACUAG